AAUGACUGACAGAGUAUCUUAUUAAAGUAAAUAAAUAUUGAGACUGAAGAUGUGACAAAAUAAACUGGGAAUAGUUUUAAGCCCUUUAUUGCCAAUGUUAUUAACAAAACGAAUCGGGAACAACUUAAAAACCCUAACUAUUCAUAUAAGAAACAUUAUGGAUAAUUCGCAUUCACGUCAGAUUAAAUUUAUAACCGAUUGUAUACCAAAACUGGAUGGUGCCAGUCACAAAGGUCAAGCGGGAAGGAUAGGUGUAGUGGGAGGAUCUUUAGAAUAUACAGGCGCUCCAUAUUUCGCAGGAAUAAGUGCUUUAAAAGUAGGGGCCGAUUUAGUGCAUAUUUUCUGCACCACAGCAGCGGCAACUGUCAUAAAAUCUUACAGUCCUGAAUUAAUUGUGCAUCCAUUACUGGAUUCUGAAAAUGCUGUUUCAGAAAUAUCACCAUGGUUCAAAAGACUACAUGCAAUAGUAAUUGGGCCUGGUUUGGGAAGGGCAACUGAAACAUUUAAUAUAGUUUCUGAUUUAAUUAAAAUAAUCAGAGAGUUCAAAAUACCUUUAGUUAUUGAUGCUGAUGGAUUGUUUCUUAUAACAGAAAACCCUGAAUUAAUCAGAGAUUUCUCAUCUCCAGUUAUAUUGACUCCUAACAAAAUAGAAUUUGAAAGACUUAAUAAUAAAUUCAAUGGUUCUCAAAAAUUAAGCCAGCAGCUUGAGAAAAAUGUAAUUAUACUGAAGAAAGGUUCUACAGAUGAAAUAUAUAGUAUGAAUCCUGCAGUAGUUUGGAGCUCAAGCACAGGAGGAUCUGGACGUAGAUGUGGUGGCCAAGGAGAUAUUUUAUCAGGAUCUAUUGCAACAUUUUUAAAUUGGACUUUACAGAACAUUCAUAAAACUGAAUUGAAAACAGAUGACAAUGGUUUAGUUGCAGCUUCCCUAGCUUGCUAUGCAGCUUGUCAGUUGGUGAGACGUAGUAAUGAAAAGGCUUUUUCUGUAAAAGGCCGCAGUAUGUUAGCUACAGAUAUGAUUGAAUGUAUUCAUGAAUCAUUUGAGGAAUUAUUUGGUCAUUAAAAUAUGUAAUUACAAAGAAACAUACUACAACUAUAUUCAUAAAAUACUUUUAAGAAAAAUUUUAUAAUUAUAUCUUUUUGAAUGUAAAAUUA